AUGGACCGCGUGUUCAAGCGGGUUGCUGAAGGGAUUGUGGUUUUCGAUGGCAUAUAUGAAAAAGUCCAAAACUCAACUAAUCACUCACAAAAAGAAAAACUGGAAUCUGACCUGAAACGAGAAAUCAAGAAGCUACAGCGAUUGCGGGAUCAGAUUAAGACAUGGAUGGGAAGUAAUGAUAUUAAGGAUAAAAAAGCAUUAGCUGAACAACGACGACUAAUUGAGCAAGAGAUGGAACGCUUCAAGGCCUGUGAAAAGGAGAUGAAGACAAAAGCGUAUUCUAAAGAGGGCUUGACUAGUUAUAGUAGGUCGGAUCCUCGUGAGAAGGAAAAGGCUGAGGCAUUAACCUUCAUCGGCUCCAUGUUGGAGGAACUAGAGCAACAGAUAGAGACUCUGGAAUCGGAACAAGAUAGCUUACAGUCGACUAUGAAAAAGGGUCGUAAGGAUACAUCGAAGUCAGAUAGGAUAUCUGAAAUUGAAGAUACUCUGGAUCGUCAUAAAUGGCAUAUUUCUAAAUUAGAGAUUAUGUCGAGAAUGAUUGAUAAUGGUACGUUACUACCGGAGUCUGUAAUGAGCUUACAGGAUGAUAUAAAAUACUAUGUCGAGUCCAAUCAAGAUGCGGAUUUUGCAGAGGAUGAGGAAAUCUAUGACGAGUUGAAUCUGGAAGACGAUAUGGAUUAUGAAGCCGAGCCCAUACCGGUAAAGGAAGAAGGAACUUCACUGGAGGAUCUAGCGAUGGAGCUUAGUAAAGACAUUGAGAAGCAAAAGCAGCAGCAUGCUGCUGAAGUAGCAGCGGCCGCAGCUAAUACGAAUGGGACAAAUGUUGUUCCAGCAACUAGUGUGGUACCCCCUGCGAUUUCAUCUGCAUCGCGAAGAACUGUAUCAUCACCUAGUGUGGGGAAUACAGGAUUAUCAGGAAAGUCAAUUACUGCCAAUAAUGGUGUCACUUCAAGUCAGACUACAGCCCCAAUUCUGUCACGAACUGCCACUUCUGAACUCAAGUAUUCAUCUGCCGCUGGUGCGUCCAUACCCCAGGGACUAUCCCCGCUGCCACCACCAAAAUCUCAACCAGGAUUAGCUUCUUCAAUUCCGUCUGGGCCUGGUCAGGGAACAGCAAGUACAUCAGCACCAAAUCCAGGACUCGACUCAGCAUCUCCAUCGCCUGUAAUAUCAUCAUCUGUCAUUAAUAAUGUAAGCAAUACUCCCAGAAAACCACAAGCAGUGACGUCAGGUUCAGUGACCAGUUCAGGCGUACCCUGGGCGGAAAGAUUGGAUUCAUCAAGGAAGACAAGUGAUGACCAAGCCAAAGGUUCACCGUCUGUCAGUGGGUCGGCUGCGUCCUCUCCACGACUAUCGAACGUUCCUCCAUUAUCGCCAAGCUUGUCCACCACGACGGCGACGACCGCUACGACGAGCACGAGUAUCAAUAAUGGCCCCAGUUCUAUUACAUUUCCAAAAUUCUCUCUGCCACCAGGACUGCAAGAUCUGGCGCAUGCGUUUGACUCGGCACGUCGGAGAAUAGGAUCGCCUGAGCCAAUUUCAAGUAUUGGGAAGCUAUUGGAAGCAUCUUUCUUGAAUUGUCCAGACUCAUUAAUAGCGGAUAAACCACGGUAUUAUCACCCUGAAUCCCCAUUCCCCACCCCAGCUUAUUAUCCACAGGAGCCACUGACGAAUUUGGACUCAGCUUCAAUUAUGAGUAAAAUGGACCUCGAUACGCUGUUCUAUAUCUUUUAUUACCGACAAGGUACCUAUCAACAGUAUCAAGCUGCGAAGGAACUGAAGAACCGUAGCUGGCGUUUCCACAAGCUGUUUUUAACAUGGUUUCAACGACAUGAAGAGCCUAUGGUAAUUAGCAGCGAGUUCGAGCAAGGCACCUAUAGGUUUUUCGAUUUUGAAGGCUCGUGGAUGCAGCGACGAAAAGCCAAUUUCAAGUUCGAAUAUCAAUAUCUUGAAGAUGAAAUUUAA